ACAUCAAUGCUUCAGAGUUUAUAGUUGUUUCUAGAAGUUAAAGCUUGGACGGAUCAAGUCUACUCUGUUUAUAAUCAACCAAAUCGAUUACCUCUGGGUGACGCGACAACCUUGGGUUUCUGGAUCGUCCUAAAGGUCACGCAAUCUAUCCUAAAAUAGCCCCCUUCUAUAAACGGAUAUCGACUGGCCAAGCAUAUUGAGGAAACAACAUUGCGUUGUGUCUGAAGACCACCCACAAACCAUUUCAAAGCAGAAAAUCUCAAAGCAGAAACCGGACACGCUCCUGUUCGCAGCUUUACCUCGCACAUGGGGCCGAAGAUUAAGUUUCGAAAGCAAAAGAACUAUCGAACCGACGUAAUCGCGACAGCACAAGCAUCAGGAUUCGUUCUUCAGUUCUGGAAUGCCCUUCUGGUUGGAGACGAGCUCACUGUUAUAAGUAUCAUUGAUGACCCAGAAUAUGCUGACCUUAUAGAUGCCAUAUAUGACACCAGCAACAUAGAGGAGUGGAAGAACUUUAGGUUCAACUACAGAGGAUUAAGACUGUGGUCACUGACAUACGAACAGGAGCUGACAACACCGCUCCACAUAACCGCCGGUCGAGGUUUUACCGAAUGCCUCAGACACCUUCUCCUCAGAGGGGCUCGUGUGGACCUGGCACCUGGGGGAAACACUGCCCUACAUGAGGCCUGCGAAGAGUGCCAGCCAGAGUGUGCCAAACUGCUCCUGCAGUACGGCGCCAAUGUCAGCGCAACGAACGAAGAUGGCCAGAUGCCUCUGCACGUGUGCACAGAGCGCGAGUCGCUCGAGUGUGCCAAACAUCUCAUCGCCUUUGGAGCCGUUGUGAACAGUCAAACCUUAGAUGAGAACGACACGCCUCUCCAUGUGGCGGCCAGGCAUGGCCUUCCCGAGCACGUGGACCUCUACCUACGGCACGGUGCUGCGCUAAACCUGCAAAACGACGACGGACACACGGCGCUCAACGCCGCAUGCUCCCACCCGCAAGACAGCCGUUCCUUAGAGCGCUACGCUCGAGUGUGUCACCUACUGAUGGACGCCGGAGCGGAUGUACACAUCAGUGACGCAGACAAACAGACCCCACUGCACAUGGCGUGCAAGAACGCCAACCCUGAUGUAGUCGAUAUGCUGCUCAAACAAGGAGCCAUGGUCAACCAAAUGGAUUAUGGUGGUGAUGCCCCUUUGCAUAACAUCUUAAAAGUAGUAGCUUAUAAGAUUGACCAUGAGCCCGAGAGGAUCGUUCAGGCGCUUCUCAACUAUGGAUCCAUCAGGGUUUGGCCUGGAGCUCUUCCAAAGGUGCUGAAAUAUUGCUCCACAUCACCACGAACAAUAGAGGCUCUCAUCAACGCCUAUGACCGCCUUAGAAUCACAGAUGCUUGGGUUGAAGCCGUUCCUCCUGAACUAUUUCAGAAACACCAAGAAUUCUUUGAGUCUCUGUUUGCACUAAGCAAGACUCCUCGAUCUCUACAGCAUCUGGCCCGUCACAGACUUCGUUCAUUUCUGGAAGGCCGAUUGCACACAGUAGGCCCUAAACUGGGUCUACCAACCUUUCUUAGAAAUUACCUAAUGCUGGCAUUUAGAGACUAUGUUCACUGAAAGGGUUAUGCGUGUAGUGAUUGUUAUUUACUGAUGCUUAACUGACCAUAAAGGUGUUUUGUGGAAAUUGUGUGUUUGCUUCUUGAGAUUGUAAUAAAUUUGUGUGAAAAAAUUA